AUGGGAAUCAAUACCUGGCCGGAUGAUGCCUCUAAACCUUUUCUGGUAGUCCUUAUAGUGACGAGCGGUCUCUUAAAUCUCCCUCAAGCCGCGGGCAUGAACUGCAACACUAAACUGACUAGUAAGUAGCGGAGGUAUUUUGAGUUUUUCUCGAACUGGCAAUCUAUCUUUUUAAGUUCAGAAUGGCCCCUAACAAAUUCUCUAUGUAACAUAUGUUUAAUGGACUAUCUUUCUCCCUCCUCCAGUAAUACCUGAUGUAGAGAUUUCCAUAAAUCCACCAAGGCAAGAAUUAUCCGUAGGUACAGCGGUAAACCUGACCUGUACGGCGCAGCCCAGAAGUAUUGAUGCAGGAUAUUACGAUCGAUGGACCGAGUAUAUUCAGUGGUACGAUCCACAGGACAAGCCAGCUGGAUACAGAUGUGUACAGGGUAGACACAUGGUGUUAAAACAUAGAUGCACAUUAAUGAUCGAAAAACUGACGGCAGAUCAACUUGGAAGCUACACGUGUGAAGCAGGAAAUGGUUAUCGUGCCCACUGCAGGAGAGAAUCAGUCGAAAUUCGUCCUGAAGGUAAACAACAAAGCAGGAAAAAGAUACAUGGAAAAUAUUUGAAUAAGACGGGUCGAGUAAAAAAAAGAUAGAAAAGAAACAACUCUAUCAGCAGUCCAUCGUGUCAUGUCAACAUGAGAUUUUUAUUAUUAGCUGUCAGUUUCUUAGUUGUUAUUAAAAAUUACCUUCUCCUCUACCCUUGGGUUGGUCUCUCUAAGCCACAAAAUUUUAAUUCUUCUAUUGACGGAAUAUUGUAAAAAAUAUAUGGCUACAUAAAAUUUGAUGGAAAAUAACUCAAGAGGACAUUUUCGCUCUUGAUCUCAGUGUCUAAUGACUAAAUGUCUGACCUUUUCUUACGUAUUAUGCAAGCUGUUGACGAUACAACAGAACGAGUGAUAGAGGGUCUAGAUGCCUACCUUCACUUCAACCAACCCUUAAAAACCUUCAAUGCCACUUUUCUUUAAGUAUUUUUGUUCUCACAAAAAUAAACUUUAACGACUGUCUCACUUUUGUUCUGCAGGAGCCCAAAACAUUCAAAUUAUUGAAUAUCCAAAGAACCAAAGUGCUUUUAUCAAUUCCAGCGUAACUUUCAAUUGCACUGCCACCGGUCAUCCCAGGCCAACCAUCUCUUGGGUGAAGAACGAUGAUCCAUAUGCUUUACAAACCAACCCAAGGGUAGAGGAGAAGGUUAUUUUGUUAGACAACAAAACCGUUCGCAGUCAGCUCUUGUUAAAAGGAACUAAGAUGGAAGACAUUGGCAAAUACAACUGCGUGGCUAAUAACAGCGCUGGAGAAAGGGUAUCAAGAGUGUCUUCCUUAUUCACAGAGGAUUUAGGUAAGAGGCAUUCAUUUUUUGCGCCCGAAAAUGACAAUUUAUUCUUAAAAACUGUGCAGAUGAUUUAUCCGAAAAGCUUUGUAACUAUGUCUCGUCAAAAGGAAGGUUAUGAAACAAAAUUAGCUUCAACCUGAAGUGACGAACAGAAUAUUAGCAUGGUGAGAGGGAAAAAAAAUCACCGUACAAAAUGAAAAGAAAAGAGGAAAAUUGAAGAGGAAGGCAAAAAAGGACGUGGAAGGGAAAUUUAAUGACAGCAACAACAAAUGAUCCUUCCUGUUUUAAAAUAUGAGAAAUAACUGUUGAUUUGUCACUUGCCAAGUACCUUUGGAAAUAGGUAGGACUCGUUUCCAGCUUUUUAAUUGCCUUAAGCCACUCCUUAGGCGUGUCUUCCUUCCUUCUAGUCUAUUUGCAAGAGAGUUUGCGAAGCUGCAGCUAUCAUAGCAACAAUAAUUGCCUCACUGUCAUUCCUCAGACCUCCAACCUAUUCAAAAUGUGGAAGAUCCCACGAACCAAAUCGCUGUUGUCAGUUUUACUGUAACUUUUAUCUGCACCGCCAAGAUUCAUCCCAAGCCAAGCAUCUCACGUGAAGGGGGCAAUGAUCGGCAUUCAACGCAAUCCACCCCAGGGACCAACUUCCACCCAUCAGGCACUCAAACUGUAACUCAAGUUGUUGAAGAUCGGUGGAAUCUAAGUGUUGUCAUCGGUUCUGACGUUACUUUGAAUUGUAUUACCACUGGUCAUCCUCAGUCAACCGUCAGGUGGAUCAAGAACAACAAUUUAUAUGAUGUCCAAUCUACUUCAAAGACAAUGAUCACUCGAGAUCGACGUGACCAAACCACUCAUUACCAACUGUUUAUAGAAAAAGUGAAGAAGGAGGAUGGGGGCAAAUAUCAGUGUGCUGCAAGUAACAUAGCAGGGGGAAAGGCAUCAAUCGAGGUCAACUUACAUGUCAAUGAUUUAGGUAAUAAAAUCAUGGAUUUAGCUUUUGUGCGAGUUAGCUUUUGUGCCUUCUGUAUUUAAACUAAUCUUUCGACACAGACAUCAACAUUCUACAAAGUUUGAUCAAAUAGAUGCAUUAAGAGUAAGUACAAAAGAAAAAUAGGCUCAAUUCUGACAGCAACGUCGAUAGUCUCAAGCACUUCUAGAGUAUGUCUUAAUUAUGUUCAUUGUGUCUGACCACCAUGGUUACUUCCCUACAUAAACUAAUAUCUAAUAACUCUCUGUUCCCGUGAAAACUUAUCAAAUUGCUAGAAGGACGUCCCCUGUGCCUGAGAUGGGCAGAAUUUCCUAAUUAGUAGUUGGUGAUUUAAAGAGAGCUGAAAAGAAGCAAAGUAAUUGAAUUUUUGUAGAAUUGAUAGCUCUGUUAUAAGCAGAUUAUUUUCCUUUUCCAGAUCUGAAAUCUGAAUCACGAACACUGGUAAGAAGGACUGGAUUGUCAAUUUUUCAGCUGACUGCGAUCGCUUUCGUGGUAUCUGCAUCUGUUUUUGCAGUUGGUGCAUUUUUGUGGGAUCGACGUCUUUUAAAGGUAUUUUCAAAAUCUCUGAUUCCCCAUUUAUAUGAAAAGGGCUCGUCACGCAAUUUGAUGCUCCAGCCCCUGAAAGUCUAUUGGCUUCAAACAGAAAUAACUGUAAUUACACAUAAUUAGAUGACGCUUUUUGCUUCCAUUAGUAAGCAUGUGCCUUCAACCAUCUAAAUCACUGCUAGUCUCUUUGACUUUUUAUUUAACUACUUCCUAUUUGCCUCUCAUAGAUCAGCAAGUCGAUAUCCAUGAGCCUCCUCCGAAAGUCAGAGAGACAAUCAUUGGUCUAAUUGUACUGGCAAGCGAGGGGUGCGGCUACCGCCUCUCUGUUAGGAGAAAGAAAAGGAAAUCCAGUCUAGCACGAAUAAAACAGCUCUGCAUAUAGUUAUAGGAAGACGACCAGAAGCGUUUUAAGCGUUAGUUUUUACAACCCACUAAAUCAAAUGAGUCACACAAAUGACAGAAUAAAUUUUGCAAACGACCAAAUCAGUGCGUUACGCCUUUGAACUCUAAGAGUGACUUGCAUCUUAAUUCUCCUCACAACAUCAUCUGUCUGAAUCACAGAUGACCCUAACCCUAAGCAUUUUAUUGGGAGAUAAAUGGAGAACAAAAUGGGGAAUUUGCUGACAGAUGUUAAUGAGAAAAGGUUUAAACUGGUUGGGUAUCAUGUUUACAAGCGACCGAAAAAGUCUGUACAACUUACAGUGUAUCAUGAUUAUAGGGGGUAAGUUUCUAAAGAAACUGUGGUGCUGCGUCGCUGGGAGAAUAAAACAAGGUAAUUUUGUAUUACCAGCUGAGUUGGUAACGUAAAUUGGCCACUGCAAAGAGUUUUAAAGCUGACGCUUCGAGCGUAAGCCUUCUGUUAGCCCUCCGUUAGCCCUUCGUUAGCCCUCUGUUAGCCCUCUGUUAGCCCUCUGUUAGCCCUCCGUUAGCCCUUCGUUUGCCCUUCGUCAUUUGCUCUGGCGAAGUACUUACCCUCGAAACGUCAUCUUUGAAACUCUCAAGUCAACGGUUGCCAACUUACGUUCUCAACUCAGUUGGUAAUACUAAAUUGCCUUAUCAAGAUUACAACCGACCAAAUAAGUUCGCACAACGGACAGAAAAAACAUACUAAUUAUUUCUUACAACAGAAAGAGUAACCAAGCUAAUUAUUUCAACUGACAAAGUACUAUGAUAACAACCGACCCAGUAAGUGAAUAGCAACUUCUUACUAACCGAGGGCCGUACUAAGGAAUGUUGGUUAUAGGUAAGUAAGUAGUUUGUUAGCUUUCUUGACCAAAAAUACACGGCUUAUGACCGUUCCCGUGCCAUGUGAUAAAACAAGCUACUGGAGUGGUGUCUUACAUUUUAUCAAAUAUAAAGUACAAACUAACUAAUUUUUGCAGCUGACUAAAAAAGUGAGUACGGUUGACAGAGUAAAAUUUCUAAGUGACUGUUUAAGUCCCCAUAACCAAUCAGGUGAUAUUUCAAUAACGCCAAGUUGCGGAGUGAUGUUUAUUUUAGUGAUGUUCACAGUUGACCGAACAAGUAAACAAGUGACUGAGAUAUAUCUUAUAGAGACCCCCAAAGGGUUAUUAAAAAAUGUAGGAUCUCUUUCUAUGUCAAGCAUCGAUUUUACUAAGACUGCGAAAGGAAGAAAAUAAAGUGGAGAACGUUUAGUCUUUAGUAACAACCAUGAUAAGAGCGAUAUCAUUCUGCAUUCUGCAUUCUAGACGCAGUUGCUUCAUAUUUAUGAAUUGUAGGUCUAGCUUAUGUGGGAAAAAACGACCACGGAAAAAAAUUCUCUAGUUGUAGGAAGUGUUAUCAUGGAACGAAAAAUGGAGUAAUUAUUACUACCCUUAUUAUUCUUGUGUGUGUGUGUGUUUUUUUUUUUUGGUUUUUUUUUUUUUUUUUGUCAGAAAGAAGUAACAUUUUUAACUCGUGAAUUGCGCAAGAGCGAGUUGUAGAUAUGAUGUAGAGAAUGGCACUCACUCGCUCGCUCGCUCGCUCGCUCGCUCGAUUGGUCGAUUCCUGUAAACUUUUUUUCGGUUUUAGGCUUUUGAGUGCAUUUGAUAGUUUUUGGCGAGCAAUAAACAAACGAAAUGGCGACCUUUGUUGCUAAGAAUAGUGGUGGGGUGAAAAAGAAGCCAAUGAUAAUCUUAAAAAAGUUUUUUUUUUUCGUUUUAGUUUCAACAAGCGGCGCCAGCAACUGGCAGGCAUGCAAGGAUUCACACUGAAAUAACAGAACAACCUUCGUUUUUCAUAAAAUUGUAAUUUACAAUUCUUGAACUUGAAAACAAUCCGAAGAUUCAUUGAAAAUAUCACUUACUGCGAAGUGCUCGGAGUUUGCAGAUGUACAAAAGCUUUUUCUGUUAUGGCAUGAGAUUGAGGACAAAAUCGAUCAUUACGUUUCGUAUCGUGUGUUUUUCCUGUGUGAAGCAACAGAAGAUGCCGGCGACUGACGAAAUUACAAGUUAACACGAAAAUCAAAUAACACCUAUACAAACAAUUUUAGGUACCGAUUUUCAGUGAAUUUUUAAUGAACAAUUAUCUUUUAAGUUUCAAGACAAUUUGAAGAUUCAAAAUAAAUAUUACGUACUAAAAUGCGAAAGUUAUACACCACAAAAUUGGCAAAUAGGCCUGAAAUUAAAUUCUAUCUUUUUCUUGAUUACACGUUGCCUAGCAAGUGACUAAAAUCUACCCGGGCGGAGAUCCAAAAUGACGGUGGCAGUCUUGGCUUAGUUAUAUCACUCAAAAGUAGUUCCCGUUUGUCUCAUUCGAUAAAGAGGGAAUCGUUAAUGUUUUCAUUAAGACAGUAUUGCCUUGAUUUUGUAAUAUUUACAAUGAUAGACAGUAAAUUUCACUUUUCACCCACAUUCACUUCCAACCUUUUCUUUUGAACCAGAAACGAAAACGAUAUACGUUUAAAACACAUGACAUCAUCCACCCUUGUCAAAUGUAAUAGCAUGAUCAUUUCAAUUGUAAUGCCUUCUUAUCCCAACGUUACUUUGUUUCUUUGCUACGUUAGCGAACACGGAACUACUGCUCGUACUGUAGAUAUGAUAAUCAACCACAAAAUUCCCUAAACCAGAUAACAUUAAACAUAAUCCAAAAAAAUCAUGUGUCAAUUCACGACUUUGCUCACGGAGCACUUUGAUUUAGCUCUAGUUAUCCAGACUUCCGUCUGCUCUUCCAAUUGCCCUUGGACAAUCACAUAAGGUGAUGUUUGGACCCUAAACCCUUCAGUCGAGGUAUCAGAAUAACAAUGUAGCUGAUUAAGUAUCUUUCUAGCAAUUAGAAAAGUAUUUAGCUUUUAAAAAGAAUUAACACCCGCGUUAAGCAUAACUCUGGAAAGUUCAACAUCACAAAACUCCUGGCGGCGGCUUAUUCAUAUUUGUUAAUCUUAAGUGAUUACAAGAAAUUAUAAACUGAGAUAAUUUUAUUCUCAUGACCCAGUUUAUAAUCUCUCGGUGACGAUUAAUGUCAAAUUAUCUAGCAGAGGAAAUGAUGUAUCAGCACAACAGUCAACAAGAGAACUUUCUUGUGACUUUUAAUACGAAAUAUUCCACAACAAGUGUGACUGUCCUUGGUAUUCAAGAUUUCCCAACAUCAACGCAAUGACGAUAAUCAAAUGAGAGAAAACUAUUUGUAGCUAAUUUUUGCAGCUGACUAAAAAAAGUACGUACAGCUGACUGAGUAAAAUUUCUAAGUGACUGUAUAAGUCCCCCUAACCAACCAGGUGAUAUUUCAAUAACGCCAAGUUGCGGAGUGAUGUUUAUUUAUGACACAAAUUGACUUAGUGAUGUUCACAGUUAACCGAACAAGUGUAAACAAGUGACUGAGAUAUACCUACUUAAGACCACCAAAGGGUUAUUGAAAAAAAAAGUAUUUAAAGUAUUUAGCUGAUUAAGUAUCUUUAAAGAAUGUAGCUGAUUAAGUAUCUUUCUAGCAAUUAGAAAAGUAUUUAGCUUUUAAAAAGAAUCAACACCCGCGUUAAGCAUAACUCUGGAAAGGUCGACAUCACAAAACUCCUGGCGGCGGCUUACUCAUCUUUGUUAAUCUUAAGCGAUUACAAGAAAUUAUAAACUGAGAUAACUUUAUCCCCAUGACCCAGUUUAUAAUCCCUCGGUAACAAUUAAAGUCAAAUUAUCUAGCAGAGGAAAUGACGUGGGAGAACUCAAUAACAAUAACUACUAGUAAUUAUUAAAUACCAGUAAUGUUUAUCUUUUUCAAUGUAGCACACCAUAGGUAUUCGAUUAUCAGCACAACAGUCAACAAGAGAACUUUCUUGUGACUUUUAAUACGAAAUAUUCUUCCGACAAUGUGCAACUUCUUGGUUUUGGUCACUGCUUCAAUUAGUUUCAAACGCUAAUUGAUUGUAGGGAUCAAGUUGAGAUCAAUUUUGCUUGUAAGAUGUUUCAUUCUUCCUGCCGGUAAUGCGUAAAAGCCACUGAUUUUGAUUGACAAAUUCUACCCCACCGCAAGAACUCUGGCUUAAGCGCAUCGCUCACGGUAAGGUGUAUGGUCGAUCCAGACAAUUCUGGAGACUCUUUCACUAAGUUUUGAUGUUUGGCACCCCCAAAAAUAGCUUUUGAUGCAAUGGCCUAAAUAUGUUAUCAAUUCCAAACCAGACUAUAAAUGAGGGUGUAUCUUCAGUCUGUCACUGUUACAUAUUAUAACCUUUAGUUGCUUAAAGCAAGAGAGAGCUUCACAUUAUAUAGGAUGAAUUCCCUUUUCAGAGUUUCUUAUUGGCUGUUCGGGGCAAUACUGUUGGUGAUUCUAAUCUCAGCUUCAGCGCGUAAAUGUAAGUAAGAUUUCCUUCUUACACCAUUGUGAUGACAAGCUAAAUUAUCACUCGUUCAAUUUUCUCUGUAUCAAUUUCAUCAAUUACAGGCUGCGUAGGCAAAUCAUACAUGUGCGAGGUUGCGCACUAACACUAAGGCUAAAUCAAAAUUUGCUCAAAGACAGUCGUCACAGAGAGGCAUAGGAUGUGGUCGACGAAAGUCAGAUUCCUUUCUCAUCUACGAUCCUCGGCGUUUUUAUUUCCAUUCUGCUCAUUUACGUGCAACUUUGUUGACGAAACUUUCGUAUUUUUCUUCAACAGUUAAAAAUUGUGCUGAGCUGCACAGAUCUGGUCAGAGAAUCAGUGGUAUUUAUACAAUCAAAACUGACAACUCAGAAGCCUUUGAUGUAUAUUGUGAUCAGACAACAGACGGUGGAGGCUGGACGGUGUUCCAGAGAAGACUAAAUGGUUCCGUCGAUUUCAACCGCAGUUGGUCUCACUACAAACAUGGUUUUGGAAGUUUCCUCGCUGGUGAAUUUUGGCUUGGACUGGAUAAGGUCCACCGGCUGACUCAAGAGAAGAAAAACAACAUGCUUAGAGUGGAUCUCGGGGAUGAUUCUAAAAACAUCGUUUACGCUGAAUAUAAAUGGUUUGGAAUUGCGAACGAAGCGGAUAAGUACCAGCUGAACAUUGGCAAUUUGGCAAGUAAGUCAAUAAAUACAGUAAAUGGUUUGAACCCGGGGGUAACAUGUACUAGUGUAAUUUGAUCGUCCGGGUCACUGUAGUCCUGAGAAGGACUGUUGUCGGUUGUGGUGACUGACGUUUCGACAACCUGAGCGGAAGUCAUCAUCAGAGUCAAGUGAAAGGUUGUUGUCAGUCGAACAUGUCGAAUAUACUUACACAAACACACAAACACACAAACAGGACUAAGUACAUUCGACUGACAACAACCUUUCACUUGAAUCUGAUGAUGACUUCCGCUCAGGUUGUCGAAACGUCAGUCACCACUACCGACAACAGUCCUUCUCAGGACUACACUCAGCCGGACGAUCAAACCACACUAUUAUAAGUCAAUAAAAGCAAUAUUUAAUGACAGGUAGCUUCGUUGCGUCACAAUUAAUAAAACAGUGAAGCAAAAGCAUACAAUUUUCUGGAGGAAAAGAAAAAUGAAAUGAUUGUAGCACCUUUCAGUUUUCCCGGUCUUGAAAUCAAAGCCAGAGGAUAGAGAAGAUGAAUUUGGUCCAUCGAGUAUCAACAAAACGACUACGAGAGCUCAGUUAUAGCCAUCGCUAUUAUCGAACUUAUCUUCAUAUGAACUUUUUAACAAUACAUCACCUCGAUUAUUUUUUCUUGUAAACGUUUUCAUCUAGACUAAGUACUUUGUGAGCAUAUUACCGCAUGGAUAUGUGCUGUUACAUUAAUGAAUAGAUUUCGUGUAGUAUGUCCUUUAACGAGUCCCUGACUCAGCAAAGGGUCUGAAAAUCUGAUCUCUGAUGCAAGUAUUAAAGCUCAAUGUAGCAGUGCUCAGAUUCACGUUUUUCUUUUCCUUCCCUACUCGUCUUCUCGAGAUUAAAGAAAUCUUUUUUUCCCAUUCUAUUUUCAUCGUGACAAAAAUUGAGCUGAAGUUUCAAAGAAGUUAUGAGUGGAUAUUAAUUUUUUAACAGAAGCGACUGUCCAUGAUUCUCUCAGUGCUCAUAAUGGCUCAAAUUUUAGCACUUGGAAUCAAAAGCAUUACAACUGUCCCGGAAAAGUAACAGAAAGCUGGUGGUUCCCGGAAGGCUGUAAAAUUUGUUCAAAUCUAAACGGAAUUUAUGGAUGGAAAGAAGACGCAAUUUAUGGAGGCAAAGAAGGCGCAAAGAUUCAUUGGGGAAAAUUUGAUCUUACAGAUCCUACUCGCGCUCCCAUAACAUCAGAGAUGAAAAUCAGACCUGCAAACUUCAAACGGCGAUAAGAGAGGCGGACGAAACGAGGAACAAAGGUGGCAUGCAACUUUAGAAUAUAAGUCGACUUACAUACUCGUAAAUGAUGUUCCUGGCGUAAAUGAUGUUCACAGCGCCAGAAGAAGAAGGUGAUUCGGAGUAAGGGUGGGGGUGGGGAAGCGCUGAAAACAAGAGUAAUGAGCUAUGAGAGCGAUCCAACAAUUUCCUCUUUAUUUGACUAUUGUUAAUGAAAUCUCAAGGAUCUUAAGUAAAUUGUGUGAACCCAAGAGUAACAUUUGAUCUUGUAAUCUGGUCGUCAGGGUUGGAGUAGUCCUGAGAAGGACUGUCACCAUCAUUAGAGUCUCGUGUGUAUUCGUAAACUGAUAUUCAGUUUACAAAUCGUGUAAGGUAGGGUUUACGUUUUCCGACUGUUCCAUCUCCAAGAUAGGGUAAAAAUAACAUUUGUCUCCAUCACAAAAUCACUAUAUCUUUAAAAUCAAAGAAGAUCCAAGAAGCAUUUGGGAAAUAGUUUAAUUUGACACCAAAUUCUUACACCCUAAAUGAUAAGAAAUGUAUGGUAGAUGGUGCAGAGAAUUAAUAUCUAAAUCUUGUGGGUUAGAGGGUUGGCCGAGGCGAAAGAUGCUACAAGCGAACUCCGAAAGUAGGAUGCUCCUCCCUUUAGAUUUGUCCAAUUUUAACUAGUCACGGGGGUAGUAUUGUUAUUAUUACAUCAUGUCUGUUAAAAAAUAACCCACUAUGAAAGGGUCUGAAACGUUAAAAAAGAAAUUGUCGCCGUUAGGCGUAAAAAUUGAAAAAUUUUGAUUGCUAGUCGUAAAAAAGUUAAUCCUAAAAUUUUUUUUCUUGAUGGAUAUGGAAAGAAUUUAACCGUUAGCUGCAAAAUGGCCAAAAUUUUAACUGUUAGUUAGCUGUAAAAGCCAUCACCCCAUUAAGACCCUUAUGAGCUAUUUUUGAUCACCAGUUCAAGUCAAAGUAUUGAAAUCAACCAUUGUUGGAAGAAAGGUUAGUUUUUAAAACUUCUGCUUAACUUCGUAAGGAAACUGAUAUCCAAGUUCUACCUUGUACACAGUAUUUUCUAAGCCUUUUUUUUCUGACGAGGUGUAAAUAGGCGUCAGGAAGCAAGCCACCAUUGUAAUUAGUGAUCAUAUAAAGGACCUCAUUUGUUGUUUUGGUAAAAUCUUUUAGGCUGGACAAAAUAACUGCCACGCACAACAGACGAUAAAUUUAUUGCAGUAAACAUUCUGGAACUCCCCAUUCCCAAUUGAAUCUAGAUUCACCCUUACGUCAAGAAGUAUCAUGGCUAUCUCACUUGAGUGGAGCUAAUUGCUGCAAAUGCUUCAGUGACGUAGGAACUAUUACACAAUACAGCGCCACCGAGGUCCACCUUGUCAGCAUGCUGAGUUAUAAUGACAGCAUGUAGAGUAGCACCAAUACUUUUUGAAGUAAAUAGUAACUAAAAAGAAAUAGGGGAUUAAAAAAGUUGAUAUGUCAACAAUUUUGUCGCCGAUUAUAGAUUGGUGUGAAUGAAUUAUGGGUACACACCGUACAUAACUUGUUUUUUCAAAUAGUCAAUUUCUAGCUAGGUGUUACUGCACAGUAAAGGACACAAGCAAAAUCUAUGAUAUAAAAGUUGUGUUAUGUGACAUAGUUUGAUGCUACUCUGGCUUGCAGAUUUAAUGAAUGUAACCGAAGAAGUUACAAUUCAUAGGCCCAACAUUUCGACACUCCUGUCUAGUGCCUUCAUCAGGGGUGAUCUAAACACUGCAACAAGAGGUCCUUUUAUAUGAUCACUAAUUAGAAGCCUUUUUUUUUCUGACGAGGUGUAAAUAGGCGUCAGGAAGCAAGCCACCAUUGUAAUUAGUGAUCAUAUAAAGGACCUCUUGUUGCAGCAUUUAGAUCACCCCUGAUGAAGGCACUAGACAGGAGUGUCGAAACGUUGGGUCUAUGAAUUGUAACUUCUUCAGUUACAUUCAUUAAAUCUGCAAACCAGAGUAGCAUCAAACUAUGUCUGAUUGUCCACCUGGUUGCCGUGUGAACUUUAAUAUAUUUUGUGUUAUGUGUUUUGAAUUUUACCUUUAAUUUUCUUAUGUGAGCUAAAUCACAAGUUUUCCGCUUUGACGUAUAUGUAUACCUGUAUCCCACAGAUCAAACUUCUUUCAAGUUGCCACAUCAGACAGAUAAUUUUCUCUCUGCUUCAGUGAGUAUUUCUAGUUGCCUCUUAUUACCAUAAACAGGCAAAUGUUACUUAUGAGAGUACAACAGCCACAGAAGAAAAAUUGGGAUACCAGAAUUAAGAUCAACUCUUUUAGGUGGAACCUCAGCAGAGGUCAUGCUGUUGUGGUCCUAGAAGAGAAACUUUUCUCUUUUUUCUUUUUGUGGUGUAUUGUCAGCAAUCCACUCUGGAGCACAAGCAGUAUCAGCACUAUUACUUAUUUUUAGCAGAAAUCAGGAUAAGUUGUGGAAAUCUUGGUAGCCUUUGGCUUCAAAUUUUGGCACAGAUUAGGGAACUAGAUGGCCAUUAAAUCAGAGCACCAGUUGAAAAUAUAAAAAUUUGCCAUGUGUUUUGGGAACCAAACAAAAUUUUUGCAAGUUUUUUUGAAGUUUGAUUGUCAUGAUUAGUACAAUAUCAAAUUGAUGUAAUUUAACCCAUGUUUCUCGUAGAAACAUGGUUUUACACUCACCAGUGAAGGAGAAGUACUUCAGGAAGAGAAUUGUAAUCCAUGAGCCUCCUCCGAAAGUCAGAGAGACAAUCAUUGGUCUAAUUGUACUGGCAAGCGAGGGGUGCGGCUACCGCCUCUCUGUUAGGAGAAAGAAAAGGAAAUCCAGUCUGGCACGAAUAAAACAGCUCUGCAUAUAGUUAUAGGAAGACGACCAGAAGCGUUUGAAGCGUUAGUUUUUACAACCCACUAAAUCAAAUGAGUCACACAAAUGACAAAAUAACUUUUGCAAACGACCAAAUCAGUGCGUUACGCCUUUGACCCAUAAGAGUGACUUGCAUCUUAAUUCUCCUCAUAACAUCAUCUGUCUGAAUCACAGAUGACCCUAACCUUAAGCAUUUUAUUGGGAGAUAAAUGGAGAACAAAAUGGGGAAUUUGCUGACAGAUGUUACUGAGAAAAGGUUUAAACUGGUUGGGUAUCAUGUUUACAAGCGACCGAAAAAGUCUGUACAACUUGCAGUGUAUCAUGAUUAUAGGGGUAAGUUUCUAAAGAAACUGUGGUGCUGCGUCGCUGGGAGAAUAAAACAAGGUAAUUUUGUAUUACCAGCUGAGUUGGUAACGUAAAUUGGCCACUGCAAAGAGUUUUAAAGCUGAAGCUUCGAGCGUAAGCCUUCUGUUAGCCCUCCGUUAGCACUUCGUUUGCCCUUCGUCAUUUGCUCUGGCGAAGUACUUACCCUCGAAACGUCAUCUUUGAAACUCUCAAGUCAACGGUUGCCAACUUACGUUCUCAACUCAGUUGGUAAUACUAAAUUGCCUUAUCAAGAUUACAACCGACCGAAUAAGUUCGCACAACGGACAGAAAAAACAUACUAAUUAUUUCUUACAACAGAAAGAGUAACCAAGCUAAUUAUUUCAACUAACAGAGUACUAUGAUAACAACCGACCCAGUAAGUGAAUAGCAACUUCUUACUAACCGAGGGCCGUACUAAGGAAUGUUGGUUAUAGGUAAGUAAGUAGUUUGUUAGCUUUCGUGACCAAAAAUACACGGCUUAUGACCGUUCACGUGCCAUGUGAUAAAACAAGCUACUGGAGUGGUGUCUUACAUUUUAUCAAAUAUAAAGUACAAACUAACUAAUUUUUGCAGCUGACUAAAAAAGUGAGUACGGUUGACAGAGUAAAAUUUCUAAGUGACUGUUUAAGUCCCCAUAACCAACCAGGUGAUAUUUCAAUAACGCCAAGUUUCGGAGUGAUGUUUAUUUUAGUGAUGUUCACAGUUGACCGAACAAGUAAACAAGUGACUGAGAUAUAUCUUAUAGAGACCCCCAAAGGGUUAUUAAAAAAUGUAGGAUCUCUUUCUAUGUCAAGCAUCGAUUUUACUAAGACUGCGAAAGGAAGAAAAUAAAGUGGAGAACGUUUAGUCUUUAGUAACAACCAUGAUAAGAGCGAUAUCAUUCUGCAUUCUGCAUUCUAGACGCAGUUGCUUCAUAUUUAUGAAUUGUUGGUCUAGCUUAUGUGGGAAAAAACGACCACGGAAAAAAAUUCUCAAGUUGUAGGAAGUGUUAUCCUGGAACGAAAAAUGGAGCAAUUAUUACUACCCUUAUUAUCCCUGUGUGUGUGUGUUUUUUGUUUUUGUUUUUUUGUUUUUUUGGUCAGAAAGAAGUAACAUUUUUAACUCGUGAAUUGCGCAAGAGCGAGUUGUAGAUAUGAUGUAGAGAAUGGCACUCACUCGCUCGCUCGCUCGCUCGCUCGAUUGGUCGAUUCCUGUAAACUUUUUUUCGGUUUUAGGCUUUUGAGUGCAUUUGAUAGUUUUUGGCGAGCAAUAAACAAACGAAAUGGCGACCUUUGUUGCUAAGAAUAGUGGUGGGGUGAAAAAGAAGCCAAUCUUAAUCUUAAAAGAGUUUUUUUUUUUUCGUUUUAGUUUCAACAAGCGGCGCCAGCAACUGGCAGGCAUGCAAGGAUUCACACUGAAAUAACAGAACAACCUUCGUUUUUCAUAAAAUUGUAAUUUACAAUUCUUGAACUUGAAAACAAUCCGAAGAUUCAUUGAAAAUAUCACUUACUGCGAAGUGUUCGGAGUUUACAGAUGUUCAAAAGCUUUUUCUGUUAUGGCAUGAGAUUGAGGACAAAAUCGAUCAUUACGUUUCGUAUCGUGUGUUUUUCCUGUGUGAAGCAACAGAAGAUGCCGGCGACUGACGAAAUUACAAGUUAACACGAAAAUCAAAUAACACCUAAACAAACAAUUUUAGCUACCGAUUUUCAGUGAAUUUUUGAAGAACAAUUUUCUUUUUAAGUUUUAAGACAAUUUGAAGAUUCAAAAUAAAUAUUACGUACUAAAAUGCGAAAGUUAUACACCACAAAAUUGAUAAAUAGGCCUGAAAUUAAAUUCUAUCUUUUUCUUGAGUACACGUUGCCUAGCACGUGACUAAAAUCUACCCAGGCGGAGAUCCAAAAUGACGGUGGCAGUCUUGGCUUAGUUAUAUCACUCAAAAGUAGUUCCCGUUUUUCUCAUUCGAUAAAGAGGGAAUCAUUAAUGUUUUCAUUAAGACAGUAUUGCCUUGAUUUUGUAAUAUUUACAAUGAUAGACAGUAAAUUUCACUUUCCGCCCACAUUUACUUCCAACCUUUUCUUUUGAACCAGAAACGAAAACGAUAUACGUUUAAAACACAUGACAUCAUCCACCCUUGUCAAAUGUAAUAGCAUGAUCAUUUCAAUUGUAAUGCCUUCUUAUCCCAACGUUACUUUGUUUCUUUGCUACGUUAGCGAACACUGAACUACUGCUCGUACUCUAGAUAUGACAAUCAACCACAAAAUUCCCUAAACCAGAUAACAUUAAACAUAAUCCAAAAAAUCAUGUGUCAAUUCACGAGUUUGCUUUGGACCCUAAACUCUUCAGUCGAGGUAUCAGAAUAACAAUGUAGCUGAUUAAGUAUCUUUCUAGCAAUUAGAAAAGUAUUUAGCUAUUAAAAAGAAUUAACACCCGCGUUAAGCAUAACUCUGGAAAGUUCAACAUAACAAAACUCCUGGCGGCGGCUUAUUCAUCUUUGUUAAUCAUAAGUGAUUACAAGAAAUUAUAAAACUGAGAUAACUUUAUUCCCAGGACCCAGUUUAUUAUCCCUCUGUAAUGAUUAAUGUCAAAUUAUCUAGCAGAGGAAAUGAUGUGGGAGAACUCAAUGAUAACAACUAUUAGUAAUUAUUAAAUACCAGUAAUAUGUAUCUUUUUCAAUGUAGCACAGCAUAGGUAUUCCAUUAUCAGCACAACAGUCAACAAGAGAACUUUCUUGUGACUUUUAAUACGAAAUAUUCCACAACAAGUGUGGCUGUCCUUGGUAUUCAAGAUUUCCCAACAUCAACGCAAUGACGAUAAUCAAAUGAGAGAAAACUAUUUGUAGCUAAUUUUUGCAGCUGACUAAAAAAAGUACGCACAGCUGACUGAGUAAAAUUUCUAAUUAAGUGACUGUAUAAGUCCCCAUAAACAACCAGGUGAUAUUUCAAUAACGCCAAGUUGCGGAGUGAUGUUUAUUUAUGACACAAAUUGACUCAGUGAUGUUCACAGUUGACCGAACAAGUGUAAACUGGUGACUGAGAUAUAUCUACUUAAGACCACCAAAGGGUUAUUAAAAAAAAAGGAUUUAAAGGAUUUAGCUAUUAAAAAGAAUUAACACCCGCGUUACACCUUGGAAAGUUCGACAUCACAAAACUCCUGGCGGCGGCUUACUCAUCUUUGUUAAUCUUAAGUGAUUACAAGAAAUUAUAAAGCUGAGAUAAUUUUAUCCCCAUGACCCAGUUUAUAAUCCCUCGGUAGCAAUUAAUGUCAAGUUAUAUAGCAGAGGAAAUGAUGUGGGAGAACUCAAUAACAAUAACUACUAGUAAUUAUUAAAUACCAGUAAUGUUUAUCUUUUUCAAUGUAGCACAGCAUAGGUAUUCAAUUAUCAGCACAACAGUCAACAAGAGAACUUUCUUGUGACUUUUAAUACGAAAUAUUCCACAACAAGUGUGACUGUCCUUGGUAUUCAAGAUUUCCCAACAUCAACGCAAUGACGAUAAUCAAAUGAGAGAAAACUAUUUGUAGCUAAUUUUUGCAGCUGACUAAAAAAAGUAAGUACAGCUGACUGGGUAAAAUUUCUAAUUAAGUGACUGUAUAAGUCCCCAUAAACAACCAGGAGAUAUUUCAAUAACGCCAAGUUGCGGAGUGAUGUUUAUUUAUGACACAAAUUGACUGAGAUAUAUCUACUUAAGACCACCAAAGGGUUAUUAAAAAAAAAGGAUUUAAAGGAUUUAGCUAUUAAAAAGAAUUAACACCCGCGUUAAGCAUAACCUUGGAAAGUUCGACAUCACAAAACUCCUGGCGGCGGCUUACUCAUCUUUGUUAAUCUUAAGCGAUUACAAGAAAUUAUAAACUGAGAUAAUUUUAUCCCUAUGACCCAGUUUAUAAUCCCUCGGUAGCAAUUAAUGUCAAGUUAUCUAGCAGAAGAAAUGACGUGGGAGAACUCAAUGACAAUAACUUCUAGUAAUUAUUAAAUACUAGUAAUGUUUGUCUUUUUCAAUGUAGCACAGCGUAGGUAUUCGAUUAUCAGCACAACAGUCAACAAGAGAACUUUCUUGUGACUUUUAAUUAGAAAUAUACUUCCGACAAUGUGCAACUUCUUGGUUACGGUCACUGCUUCAAUUAGUUUCAAACGCUAAUUGAUUGUAGGGAUCAAGUUGAGAUCAAUUUUGCUCGUAAGAUGUUUCAUUCUUCCUGCCGGUAAUGCGUAAAAGACACUGAUUUUGAUUGACAAAUUUUACCCCACCGCAAGAACUCUGGCUUAAGCGCAUCGCUCACGGUAAGGUGUAUGGUCGAUCCAGACUAUCCUUGAUACUCUUUCACUAAGUUUUGACGUUUGACACCCCCAAAAAUAACUUUUGAUGCAAUGGCCUAAAUAUGUUCCAAACCAGACUAUAAAUGACGGUGUUUCUUCAGUCUUUCACUGUUACAUAUUAUAACCUUUAGUUGCUUAAAGCAAGAGAGAGCUUCACAUUAUAUAAGAUGAAUUCCCUUUUCAGAGUUUCUUAUUGGCUGUUCGGGGCAAUACUGUUGGUGAUUCUAAUCUCAGCUUCAGCGCGUACAUGUAAGUAAGAUUUCCUUCUUACACCAUUGUGAUGACAAGUUAAAUUACCACUCGUUCAAUUUUCUCUGUGUCAAUUUCAUCCAUUACAGGCUGCGUAGACAAAUCAUACAUGUGCGAGGUUGCGCACUAACACUAAGGCUAAAUCAAAGUUUACUCAAAGACAGUCGUCACAGAGAGGCAUAGGAUGUGGUCGACGAAAGUCAGAUUCCUUUCUCAUCUACGAUCCUCGGCUUUUUUAUUUCCAUUCUGCUCAUUUACGUGCAACUUUGUUGACGAAACUUUCGUAUUUUUCUUCAACAGUUAAAAAUUGUGCUGAGCUGCACAGAUCUGGUCAGAGAAUCAGUGGUAUUUAUACAAUCAAAACUGACAACUCAGAAGCCUUUGAUGUAUAUUGUGAUCAGACAACAGACGGUGGAGGCUGGACGGUGUUCCAGAGAAGACUAAAUGGUUCCGUCGAUUUUAACCGCAGUUGGUCUCACUACAAACAUGGUUUUGGAAGUUUCCUCGCUGGUGAAUUUUGGCUUGGACUGGAUAAGGUCCACCGGCUGACUCAAGAGAAGAAAAACAACACGCUUAGAGUGGAUCUCGGGGGUGAUUCUAAAGAAAUCGUUUACGCUGAAUAUGAAUGGUUUGGAAUUGCGAACGAAGCGGAUAAGUACCAGCUGAACAUUGGCAAUUUGGCAAGUAAGUCAAUAAAUACAGUAAAUGGUUUGAACCCGGAGGUAACAUGUAAUAGUGUAGUUUGAUCGUCCGGGUCACUGUAGUCCUGAGAAGGCCUGUUGUCGGUAGUGGUGACUGAGGUUUCGACAACCUGAGCGGAAGUCAUCAUCAGAGUCAAGUGAAAGGUUGUUGUCAGUCGAAUAUACUUACACAAACACACAAACACACAAACCGGACUAAGUACAUUCGACUGACAACAACCUUUCACUUGACUCUGAUGAUGACUUCCGCUCAGGUUGUCGAAACGUCAGUCACCACUACCGACAACAGUCCUUCUCAGGACUACACUCACCUGGAAGAUCAAACCACACUAUUAUAAGUCAAUAAAAGCAAUAAUUAAUGACAGGUAGCUUCGUUGCGUCACAAUUAAUGAAGCAGUGAAGCAAAAGCAUACAAUUUUCUGGAGGAAAAGAAAAAUAAAAUGAUUGUAGCACCUUUCAGUUUUCCCGGUCUUGAAAUCAAAGCCAGAGGAUAGAGAAGAUGAAUUUGGUCCAUCGAGUAUCAACAAAACGACUACGAGAGCUCAGUUAUAGCCAUCGCUAUUAUCGAACUUAGCUUCAUAUGAACUUUUUAACAAUACAUCACCUCGAUUAUUUUUUCUUGUAAACGUUUUCAUCUAGACUAAGUACUUUGUGAGCAUAUUACCGCAUGGAUAUGUGCUGUUACAUUAAUGAAUAGAUUUCGUGUAGUAUGUCCUUUAACGAGUCCCUGACUCAGCAAAGGAUCUGAAAAUCUGAUCUCUAAUGCAAGUAUUAAAGCUCAAUGUAGCAGUGCUCAGAUUCACGUUUUUCUUUUCCUUCCUUACUCAUCUUCUCGAGAUUAAAAAAAUCUUUUUUUCCCAUUCUAUUUUCAUCGUGACAAAAAUUGAGCUGAAGUUUCAAAGAAGUUAUGAGUGGAUAUUAAUUUUUUAACAGAAGCGACUGUCCAUGAUUCUCUCAGUGUUCAUAAUGGCGCAAAUUUUAGCACUUGGAAUCAAAAGCAUAUCAACUGUCCCGGAAAAGUAAGAGAAAGCUGGUGGUUCCCGGAAGGCUGUAAAAUUUGUUCAAAUCUAAACGGAAUUUAUGGAUGGAAAGAAGACGCAAUUUAUGGAGGCAAAGAAGGCGCAAAGAUUCAUUGGGGAAAAUUUGAUCUUACAGAUCCAGCUCGCGCUCCCAUAACAUCAGAGAUGAAAAUCAGACCUGCAAACUUCAAACGGCGAUAAGAGAGGCGGACGAAACGAGGAACAAAGGUGGCAUGCAACUUUAGAAUAUAAGUCGACUUACAUACUCGUAAAUGAUGUUCCUGGCGUAAAUGAUGUUCACGGCGCCAGAAGAAGAAGGUGAUUCGGAGUAAGGGUGGGGGUGGGGAAGCGCUGAAAACAAGAGUAAUGA